GAGAAAUGAAGACAAAGAGCCCCGCGCAUCAAAUUCUUUCGUGACAUGGUGGGUGGUUCUGUAUCGGUCCUUUAAAAAGCCCCUGUACGAAGACAGAUAGACAGACGGAGAGAGAGAGAGAUCGAUAGACAGAGAGGGAGAGAGAGUGGGCAAAUCCACGGCACCAUGACGCACAGGUCAGCGCAUCUCUUGCAGUGAUGCUCCAUUGACUCAUUUAUCCAGAGCAAAGCAGCGCGGCUCAGGACAGUCUCCUGCCAUGGACUCUCUCGGCAGUCUUCUCUUACAGAUAUGGGUUCUUCUGUACGGCUCAUUCGGCGUUCUGGCUCUCUUACCGGGAAUAACGGAACCGGAGUUCAUCCGCAGGUGUGUGCAGGCGCAUAACACGCAACGCUCGCGCGUCACUCCACCUGCGGUCAGUGCGCGCUCCAUGGUAAGACAGGUGUUCAGGGUGCAGUCCUGGGACAAUGAAUUGGCCAAAGGUGCCAGAGACCGGGCGAGACACUGCAAAGCCUCUCAUCAUCCUGGGCUAGGGUAUUUCGGGCACCCGCCAUUCGGAUGGAUGGGCGAGAACAUCUGGCUGGGGGCUCCGUUCGCUGCCUUCUCCGUGGAGAACGCCAUACACAGGUGGAACAAAGAAGGAGUGUACUCACUCAAAAACAACAACUGCUCACGGUUGUGCGGCCACUACACACAGUUAAUGUGGUCUACAAGCUUCAAGCUGGGCUGUGCUGUAAAUGUGUGCUCUAAAGGAAUCGAAAACUUCUCCACUCACCCAGAAUCCACCAUCUUUGUGUGCAACUAUGGCGAUACAGGACAAGUUCAUGGUGUUACUCCAAACAUAGCAGGUGUGGGCUGCAGCGGUUGUGGAUCAGAGAUCUGCCGAGACAACGUCUGUAGAUAUGAUUGGUUCCCUGGGUGGGACCAUGGCCCGCCCUCUUCAGCCCCCAGUGUUUCCUAUUGGCUGACUAAUCUUGGACUGUGUUUACUAGGAGUUUGCUGGCACUUUUAUGUAACACAUUAAUGUCAUCCCGUGUUAUCUAAUGUCUCAAACUUGAACCUUAAUCUUUGAAUCACUCCAUCAUUUAUAUACGGUUGGAUAUUAAAUUAUUAAUCACUGAAAUAUUAUCAUAUAUAUGUAU